AUGAGUCGAAGUGUUGAGCUGGAAGAGAUCGUCUACACCUUUGCGAAAGACCCGCGGUUGAUAACGCACGCAUUGCAACCUAACGCGCAGCCUGAUCUUCAAGACGUCGUCCUGAAAACGUUAGCUGCCGACGCUGACGAGAAGGGCAAUUGGAGUUCUAUUCUGGAAAUCCCCGGGAUCGUUAAACUUUGUGUCGAUCUUAUCGCAUCAAGUGCGACUGAUCAAGUGAUUAAACGCAUUCUUCAAUUGUUCUUAAACGUGUCAGCCGAUGAAAAGGCCGUUUCGAAACUUUACGCGGAUCCGGAAUUUAAACCUUUGAUCCACCGGAUAGCACGCAUGGUCGCUGAUCCCGAUUGCAAAUUCGCGGAUUUAGCAGUGUCGGUAUUAGUGAAUGCGUCUCGAGCAGAGCGGGAUUGUUCUGGUUUACUCACGUUAUUUGGCGAUGCCGUGACAUUACCGCAAUUGCUCGAGGCUUUCUCUAAGCCGCAGUACAAUCGUGAAGGACAGUCCUUGCAUUUACUUGCUCACGUUUUCGGUAACUUGACUCAACUGGAAGCUGUUCAAGAUUUCUUCGUCGCAUCAGAAAAACGCUGGAUUUUCAAAUUGCUCCCGUUCUUGAGUUUUGAAGAUUCUCUUGAUAGACGCCUCGGUUGCGCUGCUGCCCUGAAAAAUUGUUGUUUUAAAAUAAAAAAUCACGAGUUCAUACUUUCUGAGAGUGAAUCUGAAGACAUAUUGCCGCAUAUUCUACUUCCUCUCGCUGGUCCCGAAACAUUUGACGACGAAGAAAACGACUCUUUACCACUGGAUCUUCAAUUUCUUCCCGACUCGAAAGUCCGUGAAUCGAAUCCAGUUGUUCGAAGACUUCUUUUGGAAGCACUGCUUCUUCUGUGCGUCACUAAGGUAGCUAGGGAAACUCUACGGAGGCGCGGUGUUUAUUACAUCCUCCGUGAAUACCACAAGUGGGAACUUGUACCUGUCGUGAAAGCCAAGCUGGAGUCAGUUAUUCACAUUCUUAUCCGAACUGAAGACGAAAUCGGAACAGACAACUUGUCGCACCUUGAGAUUCCUGAUCAUCUCGUCGAUGCCUUAGACAAGGAACAUGAAGAGGAAGCGAAAGAACUUGUGGAGUCGGAAAGCGUGGAGUCAUCAACCAAAAACGUGCCGUAG